AUGGAUUCAAGAAGAUAUGAACGUGGCAGAAACAGUGACUCGCCUCCUGAACCACCUUCGCCUCCCAGCUAUAGCACCCAGUCCAGGAUAGCUAGUGAGUUACCCACACAAAGAAGUUAUAAAGUUAAUUCACGACAAUCACCUCACACUGAGUACAGUAGUAAAUCAUCAAGAUCAGCGCAGGAAUUAUCUGCUGCGACUGGGCCGACUAUCACCACUACGACUACGACCUCGACGACACCGUCGUCUUCCUCGUCAUCUUCCCACGAGAAACGCCGAAGACGUCACAAACGGUCGCGCUCUAGCGACCGUUCACGCAAAUACUCUCGACGGCGCAAGUCCAGGUCAAGCUCGCGACCCAGAUCCAGGUCACGUGGCCCCAGGUCGAGAUCAAGAGGCGCCAGGUCGAGAUCACGUGGAGUUAAGUCUAGAUCUCGCGAGCGCUAUCGCCACAGUCGGAGUUACAGUCGUAGCCCGAGUCAACGCAGUCGGACCUAUAGUCGCAGUCGCAGUCGCAGUCGCAGUCGUAGCAGAAGCAGAAGCAAUGGUCAGAAUAAUAAAAUUCGUGACUCAGGAAGAGACUCCAGGUACCGCGGUAACAGGCACUACCGUACGUCCUCGCACGACUCGGAUUAUAUUCCUGAUAUAAUUGAUCAGCAGCAGCAUCAUCAUCUUGGCUUUCCUCCGAGCCAGAUUGUUCAGCCAAUCAUUCCUGUCCAGUCGAACGCUUUUAAGAACGACGGCAGCUUCAUGGAGAUGUUCAAGAAAAUGCAGGAAAAAAUGCAACCCGCUGCUGACAAGCCUGCUACUUCGUUACUUGAAGACAAACCUGUUGUCCCGCCGCCGCUGAUGGUUGGAAAAAGACGCGGUGGAAGAAUUCUUAAGACUGGGAUGGUUGCUAAAGCUAAAACUGAACAGGUUGUCGAACAGCCGAAGGAUGCUUGGUCGCUUUACAUGGCAGAGGUUAAAAAAUAUCGCGAAGUUUGCUGCCAAGAGGAAGAUAAUACAAGACCUCUUAUAAAUACAGCUACAAUGGCUUACGGUGGAAUUCCAAAAGAUAUUGAGAAUUACAUGUCAGCACCCUACGAUCCGCGAUUCCCGAACACAAAUCAAACUAAGUAA